GGGUUUAUGCUUAGCUUUGUUGGCUUCCUUUUUAUUGGAUCUUGCCAAAAUAGAGACUUCCAACUUAGGUCUACACACACAGCUAAAAAUACAAAGCCUUUUAAUCAUGAUUAUAAUUAAUUACUUGUUUUAACAUUUUUUUUCUAAUGCACAACGAAUAUUUUUUUUUUCAGAUAUGACUAAACAAUGAGUCAAUUACAGGAGACUCUCGAACGUGCAAUACAAACGUUUUAUCAUUCUGAAAUCUCUGAAGAACGUAAUGCUUCCCACCAGUGGCUCUUACAAUUGCAGAAAUCUCCCGAAGGAUGGCAAGUGUUAUGGUUACUUUUAGACAGUCAAAAAUCUGUGGAAGUGCAAUACUAUGGUGCUAUUAUUCUACAUUUUAAAAUUUCCCACAACUUAAACGACGUUAAUCAUGAGGAGCUAUCAAAGUUAAAGACAAAAUUUCAAGAAUUGUUAGCAAUAUUCUGCAAUGGUUCCAAGAUUGUCCUUUCAAAACUUUGUUCUUCAUAUUCAGCCUUCAUAAUGCAAGUGGCAGAUGAAGGCUUUACACUCCUUCAAUGCGUUCAAAGCAUUGAAAAUUAUUUUAAAUCUGUUGGACUUGACGCGAAAUUUGUUGUUUUGGAAUUAUUGAAUACUUUGCCCACUGAAUUUAAGAUGUUAAAUUUAAAUUCAAAUCAGAAAAUUAAGGCUCGGAAACUUAUGAAUGAAUUUAUUUCUCUGAUACUUUCCUUAUGUAAAAAUGUGUUAGAGCAGCCUAGCCCUAAUCAAAGCGACAGGCAAUACCAAAAUGAUACACUGUCAUGUUUGUUAAGUUGGGUUGAAUUUGGUGUUUCAAUUGUUGAUGCAUCUGAUUUGAUGCCGGUAUUAUUUUCAAACAUUUCUGUUGAAGAAAUUUCUGACAGGGUAUGUGAAGUGUUACAUGAGUUGAUCUCGUCACCCACUAGUUAUUCUCUGGAUGAAACCAUUUUUAAAGUAUUGCAGCAAGUGCUUUCUUUAGAAGUAUUGGUAAACGAGACGAUUUCCAAUGAAAAUCAUGACUUGAUUAACAAUCUUUGUUUAUUAUAUAGCAGUCUUGGUGAAACGCACUGUCGUUUGUUUUUAAAAACUACAGACAGUGAAAAACAGUUGGCAAUGUUUAACCUAGUUAAAGGCAUUCUUAAGUUUACUUCAAUGAAAGGUAACUACCCUGUUGAUGAAAGGUGCAGUGAGUUAACAUUUAACUUUUGGUAUACACUAUAUGAUGACAUUUUUUCACUGGAUGAAAUUUCAAAAUAUCAUGAGCAAUUUUGUGAUGCAUAUCUGAUGCUGUUGGAUGUAUUUUUUGUGAAAUGUCAAUACCCUGGUGAAGACAUUUACAGGAAGUUCACAUCAGAUGAAAAAGAGAUGCUUCGUUGUUAUCGAAUUGAUAUUCAAGAUACAAUGCUGUAUGUAUGCAUGCUUUUAAAAGAGAAAUGUUUGAUGUAUUUCUCACAGAAGAUUAUCUUCUUGUUAUCAGACUCUUCAUCUCAGUGGCAACAGUAUGAAGCUGUUUUCCAUCUUCUUCGUGGUGCCACAGAAUCAAUAGACAGUGAAGAAUCUGUGUAUCUACCCACCAUCCUGCCUCUCCUUCAAAAAAUCCCAAAGCAUCCUAAAAUUUUAGAUUCUUUAGUGCUUUUCUUAGGAGGCUUAUCAGAAUGGUUGAACAGUCAUCCAAAUCAGAUUGUGCAUGUUUUACCAUUUUUGUUAGAAGGAAUAAGAAAUUCUGACACUUCUGUAUCAUGUAGCAUCUCACUGAAAGAUCUGUGUCAUGAAUGCGCCUUGCUCUUCAAUGAAGGGGCCAUUAUGGAAGUUCUGCAAACUUGUCAUAAAGAACUUCAUAAUCAAAGUACCCCACUAAAAGUUGUGGUACGACUAUUUGAGAUCGGAGGUUAUGUCAUAUCAGCUCUUCAUCCAUCCAAAAUAGAAGAAAAUUUGAAUGUUCUUAUAGCUCCACUAUUUCAAUGGUUUAAACAUGUCUUACUGCAAAAUAGCGUUACUCUUAAAUCUAAGAAGAAAAUUGUGCAUUAUUUGAAUUGUUUUUAUGGUUUGUUUCGAGCACUGGAUCCGUUUGAAGAACAAAUUGUGCACCCAGUCGCAGCUCUGUAUGGCCAACUAAUUCCUCUCUUUCGUUUUUUAAAGGCGUGGUGUGGUUUCGAAGAAGUAGCAGACGCUGCAACUAGUUGUAUAACAAAAGCUUUGGAAGUUACGCGAGAAAAAUUAGGUGCGCACGUUUCUGUGACGUUAGAAGUGAUAGCAGAUUUCUUCAUGACUCAACCUUUUGGUUGUGUAUUAGAUGCCGCUUCAGUACUGAUCGGGAUGUUUGGUGCGGAGAAAGAUUAUACGGAGAGAGUUAGGAACUUAUUUUCGCUUUUAUCGUCUUCGUGCGUAAGCAUGGUGGAGAGCGGUGAGGGUAAAAGUCAUCCAGAUUGCAUGCAGAGUUUCAUGGAGCUCGCCACGAGAACAAUUAAAUCAGUGCCUGAAUUUAUUUAUCAUGACCACGAGAAACAGUUGGCUAUUAUUAAAAGUGCUUUAAUUUUGCUAACUUUCCAGGAGACGCCGACUAUUAAAAGUACUUGCAAUUUUAUUAUGACGUACAUAAAUUUUUCCAGUUCAUAUGAUGGCGGGAAAAUAGUAAUCGAGGCAGUUGGGCGAGACAUUGUUAUUCAGUCUCUUUUGUGCAUCGGGGGUGUUUCUCCCAGGCAUACGACGGAUCAUUUCGCAGAUAUAUUGUUGUCGUUGAAUAAGAAUUUCAUUACUUUGCUGGCUGUGUGGCUCAACGAACUCCUCAACAAAGACGAUUUCCCAACUCUAAAUCCUACGAAAUUACAAAAGGAACAUUUUCAAAAAGCAAUUUUACGUGAGAAAAAAAAUAAGAGACGAAUAAAAGAUAUGGUCAGGGAUUUUGCUUUGGUCUGUCGUGGGUUACACGGUAUGUCAUACGCACAGUAAAGUGGGUUACUAUAUGGUAUAUGGUGGUUUACCCAAGAAGGAGUUAUUUCACUGGAUUUAUUUUGUGCAUUUACAGCGUCAGAACGAUAUUUUAGAGAGAAUCUUGAAACUGAACACGUUUAUUUUAUAAGAACACAUAACUUAGUUAACAUACUCCCACAUUUUCUAAAAUUUAAUUUCGCACUAAAAAUAAAACGAAAAUUUGACCUUUUUCGCACUGAAAAACAAGAAAAAAAUAACAUUUUUUUGAGAUUUUUUAUAUUUUGUUUUUUUUAUUUUAUUUCUUUUUAUAUUACUCUUUUAUUCAUCGAUUUUCGUUUUUCGUUGUACUUUUUUUACUUCUGUUACAGCUGCCAUUUUAUAAAGUAAACUUUGAUUCGAUGUCAAAAAACAAUAUUCGGCAGGGAUCCUUUUUUAGAAUUAAGUUUGUAAACAAGGACAAUUUAUCUUAAAAAGAAAAAGAAAAUGACGAAAACAUGUCCCCUAAAUUAUCUGGUUCGCACUAUAAUUAGUGAAAAAAAGUGUAGCACUAAGAAUUACAGGAAAGAAAAUAAAGAAAUUUCGAGAAAAAGGCCAUUCGCACUAAUUAUAAGACUCAUUAUAUUAGAGGAAUGACGGGAUGCAUCUUAAAGUGGAUAGGUUCUUAAAACCUAAUGGUAACUCAUACAAAAUUUUAAUUUUGUCUAAAAAAAUGUAUUUCCUCUGUUUUUAAUUUUUUCUAUAAAUACCUUAUACACUGCGAAAUUUGAAUUUUAAGCUGAAAGUCCACUUCAAUCUGUUGAAGGAUGUUUUUCCGUUCGAGGCACCCGCAAUAUAGUGCCUAAUAUUGCGCAAUGUUUAAGAGCGCUUUUGCACAUACGAGCGCUGCAAUGUAUAAUGACGUAAGUUCAUGAUUUCGACCAAUGAAUUUGCUUUAAUUGCCGCUAUUUUCAAUUUGUGCACGCAUUUCUGUAUACAGUGGAUAUUCUGCCACUUAGACGCACGACCACAAAGCGCUAAGCACAUGUAAUCGAGGUGGACUUUCGCCUUUAUUUACUUUAAAGCUAAAUAUCCACUGAGGAAAUUUGCGUUGUCGCGAAUAAUCAUCGCUAAAAAAUUAUCUAUCUUGUCGAUUUUUAGUGUAUACUUAGCUUAGGAGCACAAAUUUUAGCCUUUAGCGAAUUUAUGUUUUUUUCGCGAAAAUGUAUUCUUUACGCCUUUUUCGCUAAGAUUUAAUCUUGCGAGAAAGACGUAACAUUUCUUCAUACGUAAAAAUUGUGCUCUUAAUUUUUACGUUUGAAUGGUAAUUUUUGCUAUUAUAUCAUUAACUUGGAACAUGGUUGCGUUUUGUCAAUCUUUACAGCGUUUUCUCACUCGCGGAAGUUUUUUGAAGCAAGGAAAAUUUUUAUCAUCCGUAUCAUUUUUUAGUUCUAGUAAUUGAUUUCAGGCUUGGUAUUGUUUGCCAUCUGCUCCGUUUUUUUGACAGAUUUUAGCCUCGUGUUAAUUAUGGAAAAAAGCAUGUUUCUUUAAAUUUAUUUUUAUGUCAGUGUUGUAUAUUGUGUUAUGCACUUUUAAUUAUUGUUGUAGUGUAAAAUUAUUUCUGUGUUUUGUUUCUCAACUUCUAAGUGAACUUAUGAUAAUGCGUA